AUGACCAAUCUCAACGAACGCAAUGUAUACUUCGGGCGUGAUUCCCUCAAGAAGUACUUUGAUCCAGAUUGUCAACCUCCACUACCUCUAGUUGAACUUCCAGAACAUCUGAAUCCUUAUUAUCAGGAUGGGGUACGAAUUUAUGCCAAAAUGAUGACGAUGCACCCAGCAAACAAUGUCAAGGCAAUGCCAGCAAUGAACAUGCUCGAGACAAGUGUGACACCCGGCAAAACAAAUACUAUUAUCGAGUAUAGUUCGGGAUCCACGGUGAUCUCAAUGUCUAUGAUCGCCAGAGUCAUGCAUGGCAUUCAAGACACGCGUGCAUUCCUGAGCAAUAAAACAAGCGAGGCCAAGCUCCAACUGAUGCAAUUUUUUGGGCUUAAUAUCACUCUUUUUGGUGGUCCCUCCCAACCCGAACCGUAUGACGAGCGAGGCGGUAUCCAGAGUGCCCGAAGGAGGGCAAUCGAUUCGGACAGCGUCCUCAACCCAAACCAAUACGAGAACGACAACAACUGGAAAUCACACAUCCGCUGGACGGGGCCCCAGAUCUACAAACAACUCCCUGAAAUAAAUGUUCUUUGUGCAGGCAUGGGAACAUCCGGAACAAUGACCGGAUUGGGCACAUACUUCAAGGAAGCGAAGCCAUCGGUGCUCCGUCUGGGAGUGUGCACAGCCCCUGGCGAUCGUGUUCCCGGCCCAAGGUCGUUCGCCCUGAUGAAACCCGUGGAGUUCCCCUGGAAAGCAGCCGUCGAUGUUAUUGAGGAAGUCAAUUCGUCGGACUCAUUUUCAUUGUCGCUGGACCUUUGUCGUGAAGGCAUUGUCUGUGGCCCUUCAUCUGGAUUCAACCUGCAAGGUCUCUUUCAGAUGUUGGAAAAGCGCAAGGCAGCUGGUACCUUGUCCGACCUUGCAGGACCUGACGGUUCCAUUCAUUGUGUCUUCUUAUGUUGUGACCUGCCAUAUCAAUACAUUGGGGAGUAUUUCCAAAAAUUGGGCGCUGACAAGUUCCACCCCAUUCAAAAUGAAGGACUUACCAAAGUUGAUCUAUAUCGCUACGACGAGAGCUGGGAGCGAAGUCCAGUAGUUCUUUUCACGCAUUUUUACAAUACCCCCAGCGUUUUGUCGGAAUGUUUGCUAAGUGACAUCAAGCUGAGGCCCCUGUGCGGCGUCCUAGACUUGAGAACCACGGCAGACUUUGCUUCGUGGCAUCUUCCCGGCUCGGUCAAUAUUCCCUUGCAGAGUCUCGACUCUCAUACAGCAAAGCCGUUCUCGGACCCCGGUGUACUAGAGGCACAGUGGCUGGAAUUAGAAGCAAUGUUCAAGGAUCCGAGCGUAAUCACGAAGCUGGAGUCCCACCACGUAUUGGUGAUCUGCUACAAUGGAGACACAGCCCGAGUGGCCACCAGUGUGCUGCGGGCCAAGGGGAUCGAGGCUGACAGCCUUCGGGGAGGAUACCAAGCUCUGAAAGACCACGGGUUAUGGGGUCGCAGUGGAGUUGAGUCGGUGGAGAAAAGUGCAUAUCCAACGGCAACCACGACGGAACUGUCAGUAUCAACAAAUUAA